UAAUUGGUCACACCAAUCCUAAACUGUUUAUUGUUCGUGGCAGAAUUUAACUUGGAAUUUGUUCAAGUUCUUUGGCUGGAAUUAAUCAAGUUCGAUUCCACGGCCAUGCAUGACCCCGCCACGAAGCCGGUUCACUUGCCCGCUGGCUCCACCAGCACCGCGGAGAAGCUGUGCUUCGACAAGACCGAGUUUAUGAAGGCAAACUUCUCGGUGGACGAGUUUCUUCACAAGAACCGCAAUGCACCCAGUCUGGAGCAGUUACGUGACAAUUUGGGGGUGUACUUGAAGGGUCUUCGGGCAGCGAUGAUCGAUCUCAUCAACGAGGAUUACGCGGACUUCGUCAAUCUGAGCGCAAACUUGGUGGGCCUGGACCAGUCCAUUGAGACCAUCCAGCGGCCACUGGAGCAGUUCCGUAGCGACAUUGAAAGCAUCCAUGACCUGAUCGACGAAAAUGUGUCGGAGCUGCGAGCCCAGUUGGAGGAGAAGCGUCAAUUGCGGGAGUUCAAGCGCAGCCUGCAGAGCCUGAAGAAGGUCUACGAGACAAUCGCAAAGCUGCAGGAUCUAAUUGAUCGCAAACUUAGCGGAGAUCAGCCGGUUCAAGCAGUGGAUCUGGAACGCGCCGCGCUGGACCUGAUUCAACUGCAAUUUCACGAAAAGCACUGCUCCAAGCACCUUAAUGUCGACCAGCAGGCGAAGAUCCGGCAACUAGAGGAGCAGCUGCACCAGCAUCUGCGCCGGUUCUUCAACGAUGCCUUGGGCCAGGCUCGCAACUCAGCGCCGGAGCACCUGGAGCGUUGUCUGCGCAUCUAUAUCACCCUGAAUGCUUGCGGCCAAGCGGAAAGCGCUUUCCGGGAGGACGUGGUGGCGCCCUACAUGAGCGGCGUCAUUGGAGAGCAGCAACUGCAAAACUCACCGCAGGGUCUGGCAGGAAUUUACAGCAAGAUUCUCAACUUUAUUUCCCUGCACAUGACCGACCUGCUCCGCUUGACGCUCUACUCUGACAAGUUUCCGGGAUUUAACUUUGUGGUGAACAGCUAUUGGGCCGAUGUGGAGUCGCGCCUCGAACUGCACAUGAACUCUAUCUUCGCCCCGGGCAACUCGGAGGUGUUCUAUGUCAAGUACAAGUGCACCCGCGACUUUCUCGCGAAAAUAGAGGAGCUGUUAGCCAGCAGCGGAGAGCAGGCGGUGGCCCUCUACCGCCAGCACAAGCAGACAAAGAGCUUCGAGGCCCGCUGGAAUCUCCCGGUUUACUUCCAAAUAUGCUUUCAGGAAAUUGCUGGGCAAUUCGAGGCUAAGCUGGAGCCAGUGCUGCAGGAUGACACUUUGAAUGCGACGAAUACCGAUGAAAAGGCCUACAAACUAACCACAUUCAAUGCCGCCAAGGAAGCUAUGCAAAGAUGCUGGGCGGAGGGUGUUUACCUGCCCGAAGUAUUUCCCAAAUUCUACAAGCUGAACGUGCAGAUAGUGCUCCGUCUGUCGCGCUGGAUCACCGAUGCCAUAGCCGUCUCCAAAGGCAGCAGCUUCGCCAAGUCCUUUACCAGACAUCAAUUGCUGAUUGCUCUGCACUCGGACAUCCGCAAACUGGACGCCUAUCUGCCGGAGCUUCAGCAAUUAAUUGUCCAAUCAGUGCCCGCUGAUCAGCGCUCGAAAAUGUUCAACGAUGUCCUGGGCAAAUCCAUGGCCGCCUUGGGCGAUGCAUUGGGUGGGCAUUUGUCGAGCAUACAAAAUACCUUGGUGGAGCUGCUGAUCGGCGAGUGCGAGACAGAGAAUGUGCGCCAGGUGAACGACUUGCCACGCCUGUAUCGCAAGACAAAUCGAGAAGUUCCCUCCCGAUGCUCUGGCUACGUGGAACAAAUGAUUCGUCCACUGAAGGCGUUUGCCCAGCAACACGAAUCCCAGCUCGGCACUCUGGUGGUGGAGCAAAUCCUCUCCGAGGUUGCCAGUCACAUAACAAAAGCGUAUUUCAACGUGGUAAGUGAUGUCCUCACGUCUGUCCAGAAAACCGAGGAAUCAUUGCGCAGGCUACGGAACGUAAAGAGUGGCGGAUCCGGUGGAUCCGGCGCACCUCCCACGCAGGGAAGCUCUGCUGUGAUGUCUGACGACGAUAAGAUACGCGUUCAGCUGCGUGUGGACGUCACUGCCUGGAAGCAGGAGCUCGCCAAUCUCAACUUCCAGGCGUCGCAGAUCGAUAAACUGUCCGAGCUAACCGACAUGGUGGAGGACAGUAUCAAGCUUAGGGACACCAGAUCCUCCUAGAUGCUAUCAACGAACGAACGAACAGUUAUUAAACAUAUACACUUCAGUUUAUUCUUGUUAAUAAUCGACUUCUUACGAUUCUUUAGGCACAAUUAGUGAUUGAAUUAGGACUACGAAUUGUAUAUAAUAUAUUAUAUAUAGGGAUAUACGUAUAUCAUAUAUAAAUGCAUUGAUUUUCACAA